AUGGGCCACACGGUCGGGGGGCCGACCAGGCGGGCGGCACAGGCGGCAGAGCCGGUCCGGAGGCCGGCCGCGCGGGAGGCAAAGGCGGCGGCGACGAAGGAGACGAGGGAGCAGUUCAGGGGGCCGGCCGCGCGGAAGGCAGCGGCGGCGACGAAGGAGACGAGGGAGCAGUUCAGGGGGCCGGCCGCGCGGAAGGCAGCGGCGGCGACGAAGGAGACGAGGGAGCAGUUCAGGGGGCCGGCCGCGCGGAAGGCAGCGGCGGCGACGAGGGAGACGAGGGAGCAGGUCCGGAGGCCGGCCGCGCGGAAGGCAGCGGCGGCGACGAGGGAGACGAGGGAGCAGGUCCGGAGGCCGGCCGCGCGGAAGGCAGCGGCGGCGACGAGGGAGACGAGGGAGCAGGUCCGGAGGCCGGCCGCGCGGAAGGCAGCGGCGGCGACGAGGGAGACGAGGGAGCAGGUCCGGAGGCCGGCCGCGCGGAAGGCAGCGGCGGCGACGAGGGAGACGAGGGAGCAGGUCCGGAGGCCGGCCGCGCGGAAGGCAGCGGCGGCGACGAGGGAGACGAGGGAGCAGGUCCGGAGGCCGGCCGCGCGGAAGGCAGCGGCGGCUCACCAGUGCCAGGCGUACUGGCCGAGGCCCAGUGGGCACAGGACCAGUCGAGGCGGGGCCAGACGAAGGCUCUGA